AUGGCGGCACUGCUUGGAUGCGCGUUGCCGAUGAACAGCUUUGGCACUGUUCACUUAAAUGUACUGGAUGCUACGGCGCGAUACAAAUUUCAGGCAGCCUAUGCAAAUCUCUUACAGAUGUUGGAACAGUUUAUGGCGAAAAAGAACGAAAAGAAGGCGCGCUCUCUACCGUUCAUGUUCAACGACUUCGAAAAGCUGCAGCCCGCUGCUCUUUCUACAAUUGAAAGUGAGAUGGAAAGGCUUAUAACACAACGAAGGUUACAAAUUUAG